AUGGUUGCAUCACAUGCUAAGGAUAAUAGCUUUAGAAAGGUUGGACAAAUACCAUAAUAUCCUAAGAUUACUUUUUAUCUAAUUUUUCUCUGUGUACUAAAUGCUUAACUAACCAUGAAUGUGAAUAGUGCACUUCCACAAAUAUCAAUUAGUGUACCUAGUGCAAUGAAAUAGUAAAUUAGAGAGCUACCUAUGAAAAUGACUCAAACUACAUAUGUGGUAAGAUACUUUAAUUAAAUAAACUUAGUCCCACUAACAUCAUCAUCCUUGAGCUCAGAUUUGAACUGUGAAAUAUUUUACUUUGAAAAUCAAUACAACUGUUUAAUAUGUAAAUCUGGUUAUUAUUUAGACUAAAAUGGCUACUUCAACUCAACUGCUAAUAUAUAUCAAGAUAUUUGCCUUUCUAGUAUACUUUAUCAAAAUGGUGUAGAUGUUAUUUAAGAAUCAAUAUUAGCAUGUCUAGAUGGAUAUGUGGACUAAUAGAUAGGAAAAUGUGUAGCUAAUUGUGGUGUUGGCAAGUAUGGUGCUGUUAGCUUUGGAUACAAAAGUAUGAUUGAAAGUACAGUCUGCAUGGAAUGUGAUUCAUCAUGUCAUGAGUGUACAUCAUAAUUUGAAUGUAUCUCAUGCAAGAAAGGGUUUUACUUAAAUUUGGAAUAAGGGAAAAAUGUUGGAAAAUGUGAGUUGAAAUCAGGAUAGUUUGAGAGUACUAUUUAUGUUAAAACAAGGUAGAAACUGGAGACAGAAACAAUAAUAGAUGGUUCAAUUAAUUAGCCUUACCAUUCUUUGCAAGAUGCUUUGACUACAGCCUAUAUUUUAGGCUCACCUUACUAGUCAGCAAUAAUCACUAUCUUAUUAUUUUCAAACCAAUCCCAUUCUAUGACAAGGUAUCAGUCAAAUCUUGGAAUAUUUAAGAACCCUGAUAAAAACUCAUAAACUACGAAAAUCAUAAUUGACACAAUAGAUCAAGUUCCAGUAAUAAUAUAUUACAAAUUAAGAGACAAAGUUUGGUUUCUAGUUGGAGGAGGCUUGACAAUCAAAAAUAUUUAAUUUGAUGCAACUGAUUCAAUACUUGAUCUAAGGGAAUAGAAUAUAGAUUUAAACUUAAUUGAAUCAGAAGGUUAUGAAUGCUUGAAAGACUCAUCAAAAAGCUGUUGUUAAUCAGUAUUUGAUUUUGAAAAGAAAAAAUAUGUCAUUACAGGCCAAUAAUUUUGCUAAAUUAAUGAAUUACCACAAUGCUAUAAUCUCCACCUGUUCUAAAAUUAGAGAAGAAAAUUCAGAAUUAGACAUUUAUCUUAAUAAUUUAAACCAAACUUCAGAUUCCAAAAGUUUUUAGCCGUUCUUAUAAACUUGUGGAACAUAGCAACUAACAUUUUAGCUAAUUCUAAUGGUGGUAUUUUGUAUAUAGGUUCAAAUAUUACAAAGCUGACUAUAGAAGUUAAAGACUCUAUUUUUGAUAAUAUAAUGGCUUCAAAUAAUGGUUCUUUCAUUUAUUUCGAAGAGAAUUUAUAAGAAUAAAGCUAAUUUAUCAACUUGAGUCAAAAUUAAUAUAUGCUGGCCAAUUACAAUAACUAAUGGUUAUAAUCUAUUGAUGAAGAUAAUUAAGUUAGAUAAGCUUUUGAAAUAUUUAUUUAGAGUAAUUCAGAAUUUGCAAAUAUAACAUUGUAAUAUGAGAACUUCAACUUUUCAAGUGAAUAAAGCUCUAAUGUUCUUUUUUUCCUGAAGAGAUUUAAGGCUCUUACCUUAAAGUCAGUUGAUCUCUUAAACUUCAAUAAAUAUUCAAUCAUUCAAGCAUUGGCAGGAAAAAAUAUUGAGAUUGAUUAAGUGCAGCUUAAGUGUUAAGCCUUGUAAUUCGAUAAAACUUAUGUCUCUAAACAGCAUUUGGAAGAUGAUUCUGUUAAUUUCAUUGAAUCUCAAUUUAAUCUAUAAAAUCCAACUCCUUUUGUAAUCAGAAAUGUAGACAUCAUAUAAGUGACAUCAAGUAAUUUCUAAAAUUGCUACUACCAAUAGCAUGGAGGUAUAUUCAAUUUGUAAAAUACAACGCUUUAUGAUGCUGGCUCAAUUUUCUCAUUCAAUUAAGCAAUGAGUGGGGGAGCAGUUUAUUGUGAAAAAUGUCAUGCUAUAUUCAACUAAACCUAGUUCUCCAAUAAUUUUGCAUUAAAUGGUGGUAGCAUCUCAGUCAACGGGCCAUCAAAUAUCUAAUUCAUUCAAAAUUUAGUGUAAAACACUUAUGCUUAUAACAAUGGAGGAUUUAUCUAUGCUUAUACUUAAGACUUAGGAUAAGGUUAGACAUAAUCUAGAAUUCUAAAAAAUUUCAUUAAACCAAGAGAUAUGAAUCAAAAUUUGACAUAGAACAAUUCAAUUUAAAAUUAGUAAGAAGAUUGGGUCUUUUUAAGAUAAUUAAUCACACUUGAAGGUUCUAGUUUGCUAAAAAUAACAUAGUUGAGCUAGAUCUCAUAAACUUAUGCCUACAAUAGAGGAGGAGCUAUUUAUGUUGAUUCCAAAGAUACAAUUAUAGAGAUUGAAGAAAUAUUUCAGUAAAGUUCAAGAUCUUAUAAGUAGAUGGGAGGAUUUAUACAUUCAGAAAAUUCUAGAUCAAUAUCAAUAACACGUUCAAAUUUCACGCAGUAUCAAAGUAUUAGUGGUUCAUUUUUAGCAAGUGUCGGAGUAGAUACUGAAGUUCUAAUAUCUACCUCAAGAUUUGACCAAAAUAAAGAAUUUAUUGUUCCUAGUGAGAGUGAGUAUUCACAGCUUUCUUAAUAAGAUAGUUUUGGUGCAAUAUUCGUCAACAAUGCAGAAUCAUUACUUUUGAUGAACAAUCAAUUCUUUAAUAAUUACUAUUCAAAGUUUGGAGGAGUUAUUGCUGUUAUAAACUCAAGUUUUUAAGAUAUUGGAUCAACUUAUAGAAAUAGUGUUGCUCACUUGGGAGGAGUAAUCUACUUUUUCAGGAUCAGCAAUUUAUAUUGA